AUGCCGAAGCCGAGGUCGGGCGUCGAAAGUGAGCCUUCAACGCGAGCUUCGGCUGUACCACCGUAUCGGCGUACCGCAAGCAGAAGCGCAGGCUCGGCGUGCUCGGCAAAGCCCUUCCGAGGCAGGAUCCCAUGCACGGACGAGUCAGCACGAACGACCGAGGAUGCGGAGCUCGACGAUGCGAGCCUCGAUGCCGACCGUUCGCGAUCAAGGGGAACCGGGAUCGAAAACGAUCCGGCUGCGCUGGUCGGGCGUGGGAUGGACGAACCGAAUCCCGAACGCGCUCGGAUCCAGCACAGCAGAUCCUUCAGUCACAGCACCAAAGAUUCUGCGCAACGAGUCAACGGCGCAACGACACACUUCACACUUCGAGCCUCCACAUCCAAUCUCGACUUUCUCGAUUUUCUCGGGAUCGGCUACGGGACGGUGCCUAGCUGCGGCCAAAAGGAGCUCCGCAACUUGACAGCUGCCAACCUCGAUGCGCACGUCGAAUUUCCGCGCUCAUCGGAAGGUGCAGCGAUGCUCGCGUUGGCCAUCCACCAGUCUGCUCCUUCCACCGGAAAGCCAGCUGGUCGGCACCCUGUGUCGUCGGUCAUCCCAAGUGGUCCUGGCCGAAACGGCCAUGCUGAAACACAGCUGCGUACCAGUCCAUCACAAUGGCGCGCACAAGCACAGACCCUGAAGACCCGCAAUGCUGACUUUUGUGGUACGCGCUAA